CCACAACGGUGCGGAGCCCACACCGGAAUUGUACCUCGAAAAAAAAGGAUCAAAAAAGUAGCUAAAAUGCCCAAGUGGUGGAGUUCCGGCCCCAAACAGGAGACCGACAGCAUCUUCCGCAGCGAGGUGAUGUCCUUGGUGCAGAUGUUUCUGCAGCCGGAGGCAGCCUACGACACGCUUGCCGAGCUCGGCGAGGUGGGAUGUGCCCAGUUUCGUGAUAUGAACACGGGAGUGAACGCCCAGCAGCGGAAGUUCAUCGGGGAGGUGCGCCGUUGCGAUGAGCUGGAGCGGAAGAUCCGCUAUGUGACCGUCGAACUAGAAAAAGACGGGCACAAGGUGCUCGACCUGAUGGACGAUUUCCCGCCUGCUCCAAAGCCCCGCGACAUUAUCGAGCUGGAGACGCACCUGGAGAAGACGGAGACAGAGAUCAUGGAGCUGGCUGCGAACAACAUCAACCUGCAGACCAGCUACCUCGAGCUGACAGAGAUGAUCCAAGUGCUGGAGCGGACCGACCAGUUCUUCUCGGACCAGGAGUCGCACAACUUCGACCUGAACAAACGCGGCACCCACCAGGACCCGGAGAAGUCAAACGGAACCCUGGGUUUCGUGGCCGGCGUCAUCAAUCGCGAAAGGGAAUACGCCUUCGAGCGCAUGCUCUGGCGCAUCUCUCGCGGCAACGUCUUCGUCCGCCGCGCAGAAGUGGACGUGCCCCUAACGGACCCCCGCACGGGCAGCGUCCUGCACAAGAGCGUCUUCGUGGUCUUCUUCCAGGGCGACCAACUGCAGGCCCGCAUUCGCAAGGUGUGCACUGGCUUCCACGCCCACAUGUAUCCCUGUCCCAGCUCGCACGCGGAGCGCAUGGAGAUGGUGAAGAGUGUGCGCACGCGCCUGGACGACCUGAAGGCCAUCAUCAGCCAGACGGAGGACCACCGCAACUGCGUGCUCAACGCGGUGGGCAAGCAGCUGCCCAAGUGGACGGCGAUGGUCAAGAAGAUGAAGGCCAUCUACCACACCCUGAACCUGUUCAAUGUGGAUCUGGGCAACAAGUGCUUGAUUGGCGAGGCCUGGGUGCCCAAGCGGGAGCUGGAGCAGGUUGAGGCGGCACUCGCCGCGGGAUCGGCCACCGUGGGCAGCACCAUCCCCGCCUUUCUCAACGUGCUGGACACCAAGAAGGACCCGCCCACCUACUACAGGCUUAACAAGUUCACGCGUGGCUUCCAGAACCUGAUCGACGCCUACGGAAUCAGCAGCUACAGGGAGGUGAACCCGGGCCUGUACACCUGCAUCACUUUCCCCUUCCUGUUCGCGGUGAUGUUCGGCGACAUGGGCCACGGCACCAUCCUGUUCCUGCUGGGCCUGUGGAUGGUACUCGACGAGAAACGCCUCUUGAAGAAACGGGGCGGAGAGAUCUGGAACAUCUUCUUUGCGGGUCGCUACAUUAUCCUUCUCAUGGGAUUGUUCGCCAUGUACACGGGCUUCCACUACAACGACAUAUUCUCAAAGUCGAUAAAUGUGUUCGGCUCCCACUGGGUGAACGUCUAUAAUCGGACCACCGUGCUUACCAAUCCGACGCUGCAGUUGAACCCCUCACUCGCCACUCGCGGAGUCUACCCCAUGGGCCUCGAUCCCGUGUGGCAGUCGGCCACAAACAAGAUCAUCUUCCUCAACACGUACAAGAUGAAGCUGUCGAUCAUCUUCGGGGUGCUGCACAUGACCUUUGGCGUGUGCAUGUCGGUGGAGAACUUUGUGUUCUUCAAGAAGUAUGCGUACAUCAUCCUCCAGUUCGUGCCCCAGGUGCUCUUCCUGCUCCUCAUGUUCGGCUACAUGUGCUUCAUGAUGUUCUACAAGUGGGUCAAGUAUAGCCCGACCACCGACAUCUUGGCUGACUCCCCGAGCUGUGCCCCCUCCGUUCUGAUUAUGUUCAUCGACAUGGUGCUGUUCAAGACCGAAACCGCAGUGCCCGGCUGUGAAGUUAACAUGUUCUCCUUUCAAAAGGAGCUUGAAAUGACUUUCUUGUUCUUGGCCAUCAUCUGUAUUCCAUGGAUUCUUGUCGGCAAGCCCCUUUGGAUCAAGUACCAGCGCCGAAACAGGCCGGCUGAGCCCGUGGUACAGGUAGAUGAAAUCGUGGAGAAGAUCGAGGUCUCUGGGAAGGAAGUAAUCAUCACGGAAGUGGCCGAGGCCCACGAGUCCGGUGGCCACAAUGAGGACGACGAGCCGAUGAGCGAGAUCUGGAUACACCAGGCUAUCCACACCAUCGAGUACAUCCUGAGUACCAUCUCCCACACAGCCUCCUAUCUCCGUCUCUGGGCCCUGUCCUUGGCCCAUGCUCAGCUCUCGGAGGUGUUGUGGACCAUGGUCCUGGCGAUGGGCCUGCAAAUGCAGGGCUACACCGGAGCCAUUGGGCUGUUCAUCAUCUUCGCCGUCUGGGAGUUCUUCACCAUCGCCAUCAUGGUGAUGAUGGAGGGUCUGUCUGCCUUCCUGCACACCCUGCGCCUGCACUGGGUGGAGUUCAUGAGCAAGUUCUAUACGGGAGCAGGCCAUGCAUUCACGCCCUUCUGCUUCAAAGACCUGUUGACCGUGGUCGAUGAUGACUAAAAAGGGUACAUACGAAAUGUAUUCCUAAUCUAAGAGGGCCACCAGGUCCAAUAAUAAACAACGCAUUCCAGAAUUAA